AUGGCGACAAAAGCGGCUUUCAAACGGCUUACUCGCGAGUACCAAAGCAUUCAAAAGAACCCCCCACCAUUUAUCGUGGCACACCCGUCGGAAACCAACAUUCUUGAAUGGCAUUACAUCCUGACCGGUCCUCCGGGGACUCCCUAUGAGAAUGGACAAUACUGGGGCACUUUGAUCUUCCCCCCGGAAUACCCUUUCGCCCCUCCUGCGAUUCGCAUGCACACACCUAGUGGCCGAUUCCAACCAUCCACCCGCCUCUGUCUCAGUAUCUCCGACUUCCACCCCAAGUCAUUCAACCCCGCAUGGGAGGUUUCCACAAUUCUAAUCGGACUACUCUCAUUCAUGACGAGCGAAGAAAUGACCACGGGAGAGUGCGAACGCCGAGUACUCGCCGCCCGAUCACGAUGGUGGAACUCGACCGGUGGAGGCUCACACGCCAACGCUACUCCAGGUGUCGCCCGAACAACCAAGGGGAUUAACAAUGUCAAGGCAGGUGAUGGGGGGUUAAAGUUCCGGACUGAAUGGCCAGAGCUGGAUCAGGAGAAUUGGACAUGGAUGAAGGAGCACCGCAUCGACACCGCCACCGGCCAAAUCCUGCCCGAUCCCAACGCCCCAAUCAAGUGUUCCCCGGAGACCAGUGCUCUCCGUCGGCGACCAAAUGGAAGUGGCCCGGGAUUCGGGGCAGUCAUGGAAGGUGGCCAUGUGGCGCGGGAAGCCGGACAAAGUUGGGUGCGACGGAAUCGCGUUUGGGUUGGUCUGGCUGUACUCUUUGGCUAUGCGUUACUUUCACGACUUGUCAGCGACAUGCAGGGAUGA